AUGAAUAAAUUUUCACAAACUUUUCAAUAGAAACAAUUAGAAAUUCUGUAUCAGAAAGAAAAGGAGCAAUAUUGUUAUGAUAACUUUAAGAAAAUAGCCUUCUUGUCUUUUAUAAUAGCCCUAAUAAGAUUAAUAAGUUUUGCUAAUCAAGAGAAUGUUGCUGGUAUAUUAAUCACAUCAACAAUAUUAUCCAUUAUAUUACUGAUGUCUAUUUUAAUUUUAAAAUUCUGUUAAUCUGGUACCAUAUUUUGUAUGGUCUUUAUUAACUAUUUGCUUAUUUUACACUAAGUUCAUGAUUAAUAAAACAGUAAUCAAUUUAUUCUUGGUACUAAUUUAGCUAUUGCACAUACAACAAUACUUCUAAUUAUUGAUUAUAAAUUAGCUGCAAUCAACAUUUUUAUUUAAACUAUAAUCAAAUUAAUAAUAGCAGGAUUCUUAGAUGGUAAAACUGAUAUGUGUUCAAUUGUAUUAUCUAUUUUAUGUCCAAUUUGUUUUAUUUCUAUACUAUUUAGUAUAGAAAAAGAAAGAAGACUAUUAUUUUUAAAUAAUAAUCAAGGAAAUGAUUGGCGUAUAUUAUAUAUUUUAAUAUCUUAUAGAUUAAUUAUUACCUUCAGUAAUAAGCGACCCAUUUGUAUUAUUUUCAUUUGAUCAUAAUAGAAUGUGUUUUAAAUACAAGAACUCAAAUAAAAUAGAUAGAUUUCCAUAUUGCACUUUAGAAUUCUCUUAAGAGGAUAAUUUUAGAUAGUUUUUUAGAUUACAACAUAUAUCUGGUGUAACAAUUGAAUAAUUCGUACUGGACCGAAUAGAUAAAAAAUCUAAAUUUUUUGAUCUAAAUUAAUUUACAUUAAAACCUAGUUAAUAUGAUUCUAUUGAUUUUGAAGAAACUAAUAUACUACUUGCAGAAUUAUAUAAUAUAGAUGAUAAUUUUUUGAUUGUCUUAGAAUAAUCUAAGUAAAGAACAUAAUAUUUAUAAUCUACAAAAGAUAAAUUAAUUAAUUUGAUUGAUUAACAUCAAUAAAUAGUAUAAAACUUUUUAAAGAAAUAAGCAACAUUAAUUAAUCUGAGUUUAUAGAAUGAAAUAUCUAGAGUUUAAUUACUAUAUUAAUUAAAAUUACAUCAUUUAUAUUUCCAAGGAAAAUAUAAGAUAUCAAAUUCAUUUUCAUAAGCCAAUACAUAUUUUGAAACUGUUUCUAUUGAUUAUAAGUAAAUAUUUAUAUCUAUAAUAUCAUUGUUUUAAAAAGCAUAUUCUGAUAUUAAGCUUUAAUUUGAUUGUACUGAUAAUAAGUUUGAUGUAAUUCAUUACAAAGAUAUGCCUUAAGAUUUCAUUAUUUAAUUAUUAUAGAUUACUUUAAGAAAAACAACUGAUUAAAGAUCUCACAUUAGAUUAAUUUUACAUUCCAAAUCAGAAAUUAUAUUUAUUCAAAUUAUUUGUUUAAAUUCUUAUAUUCUAUUGGAAAAUUUAAACAAGAAUAUGGUUAUAAAAUUAUAUCUAAAAUUACAUUCACCUGAUUCUUAAAUUAGAAUUAAUGAUAAUGGAAUCAAUAUUUAGUUGUAUAAGGAUGUAUCCUAAUUAAAAUACUUAAAUAAAUUUCAAGAAUAAAAUUGA